AGUGCCUACUGCUGCUUCUUUCUGUUAUUUACGUUUGCCUACGCCAAGGAAGCUUCUAGAAUCGUUUAUCCAAGAAUGCUGGAAAGCCGAUCUGACGAUGGCAUAAAGGUUUUGAAGAUAAAUGACGAUAUGACGCUAAACUUGCGAAAAGCCUCUGUGUUCUCCGAAGAAUUUCUAAUUCACACAACUAGGGAUGGCGAACCCAUAGCAUACCACAUGCUGGGCGCCGAAAUGGAGAAGAAUCUGUAUGACGACCACGAGCAGAUGGCCACUGUACAUGUCUCCGAAGAGGAUGGUUUGAGCGUAGAGGGUGUUCUCGGCCACACUCUGCGCAUAAAGCCAUUGGAAGAAAUGGAGAGAUCAUCAAGUGGUGAAAUACCGCAUGAACUGUACGAGGUCCCUCACCCAGAGAAUGAGCAACAUCGAAGGGACGAUUACUCAACGCCAAAUGUCAGCAUGGAGCUCCCAAAGGUGCAAUCUCGAUGGGAUUGGUACAAAGCACCACGUUUGCCUGUGUUAAUAACGCCUGAAGUACACGUCAUCGUUGAUUACGUCAUCAGCAAGGCAUUAAAUUUCAUCACAACGAAAAUUGCAAGAUACGUUGCUAUUAUGACUGCUUCGGCCAAUUUACGGUAUCGAAGCAUCAUUCAGCCAAGGGUUCAGCUGGUGAUUGUUGGUGUCACCGUUACUAAAUCGGUGCAAGAGGAGCCCUAUAUGGUUCGUGUAAAAGGUUAUGAGGCUACAAGCAAUAUUCUUAAUGAAGAAACCAGAUACAAGUUGAAAGACUACGUCAAUAAGCAACCAUAUUUUCAAAAAGCCGACAUUGUUUUCCUACUUACAGGGAUGAAUUUAUCCAAGUGGGAAGGCAGCACCUUACAGCAUUGGAUCGGAGGAUCAGCUUUCCUUGGAGGAGUUUGCACAGAGUGGAAGGUGGGGCUGUCUGAAGAAAGAGUGGGCAGUUUUUAUGGUGUAUACGUCUUCGCUCAUGAGCUUGCACACAGUCUUGGCUGUCAACACGAUGGGGACGAUGCUAGCAACUGGCCUUACGGACAUAUUGGGUCGAAGGACUGUGAUUGGAAUCUUGGCUACAUAAUGAGUUACAAGUUUAUAAAACCGUACGUGUACAGGUUCUCUAGGUGCUGCCAGCGAGAAAUCAUGAAUCUGUACAACCGCCCAGAAUACCGGUGUCUCAUUGUGAAAAACAGCCUCCAAACCAGGAUAUUUUCUUCGAAACUCCCUGGUGACGUGUCAAGUCGUCAAACAUAUUGCGAAAAAGUUUACGCGGAGUACAGUUACGUUAAGGUAGACAGGGAAUACAAUAUGCAAGGGUGCAUCGUGAAGUGCUUUAUAAGCAGACAAUGGGACAACAUGCUGAUUGCGGCUGUCGAUGGCGUAAGAUGUGCCAAAGGAAAGGUGUGUGCUCUUGGUAAUUGCACUUCUAAAGCCGAAUUGAAGAAAGCGGAGUGAUCUAAUAAAGAGCCAUUUAUUAUUCGAUUUACUC